AUGCAAUUGAAAAAAUUCGCCAAAACAAGCGCUACAAAUUUCUCACUGAUAAAUGGUCAAUUUUUGGAUAAUUUAAAGGGUGAAGCAGGUGAACUUUUUGGUAAGCUAUCUGGUUUGAGAAAUAUAAUCAAUGCCAAAUUGAAUACUAUGCAACCGGAAAGUCGGCUCUUCAUUGAAAAUUUAUUACGACGAUUUUUGGCAGCUUUCAGUCAUGAUGGUUUAAUGAAUAUUCUUGAUGCAUUGAAAGGAUUUGGAAAAGAGGUUAUCGAUAUGUUCGAUGGAUUAUCAAAACCAAUUCAGGAUGAUAUUCUCAACGCUUUCCCUAUCAUCGGGUCAUACGUUACAAAUGACAUUACCCGAUUAAUCUUGCGAAAGUUGAGUGAAUUAGAUUUAGUCUCCAGAACAUCAUCCACCCUUGCUCCGAUCAUUGAUCAGAAUCAGAAAGAUUCGUCAGGAAAUAAUUUCCCUAAUUCACAAUUCAUCAAGCAUAAAAAACCUCCUGCAAACUUUGAUGGAGAAGAUAAUAACAUUCGUUAUGCGACAACCACCACACAUUCAUUAAUUGAUGAUGAAGAAUUAUCCGUUAAAAAAAUUGUCGUUAAUAAAUAA